UCCCUGCACCAGCAGAGCCUCGCUGAAGCCGUGGAAAUCCGUGGAAAAGUGCAUCGGUGGUGUGAUGAGACGAUCAGUGCGGUGAUAUUUGCUAUUGCUAUUGUACGUGACAACUGUUUUUAACGUGGAUAUUUGUGUGUAGUCGCGGCGCCCGGGCCGCGGCGGGUAUGCGGGGCGGCGCUGCGGCAUGAGCGUGGCGCGCCCGGCCGAGCCCCGCGACCCGCGCCACCACCGCUCUAACCGGCACCAGGGCUCAGCGGAUUCAAACUAUUCGCAACCUUCGUCGGAGCUGUCGCUGGACGAAGACAAGGAGGCUCUGCGCCGAGAGAAGGAAGCGCAGGCUCUCUCCCAGCUCGACAAGGCUCGGUCGAAGCCGGUCGCGUUCGCCGUGCGCACCAACGUGUCUUACAAUGCCGCGGAGGACGACGACUCGCCCGUCCACGGCAGCGCCAUCUCCUUCGAGGUGCGGGAUUUCUUGCACAUCAAGGAGAAGUACGACAACAACUGGUGGAUCGGGCGCCUCGUGAAAGAGGGCUCCGACAUCGGCUUCAUCCCGUCGCCGGUGAAGCUGGAGACGGUGCGCGCCGGGCUGCACCGCGGCCGCUACCCGCGCCCCGCCUCCGCCGCCAACCUCGCGCCCGACGCCAGCAGAGGUAGCACCCCUCCCACGCCCGAUGCCACUUCCUUCGACCGAGGCGAAGACUCGGACUCGGCCGGGCGCGGGCGCGGCGCCGGCGCGCUCCCCGCCAACAAGGAGAAGAGGAAACCCUUCUUCAAGAAGCAGGAGGCGUGCACGCCCUACGACGUGGUGCCUUCCAUGCGCCCCGUGGUCCUCGUGGGACCCUCGCUCAAGGGGUACGAGGUCACGGACAUGAUGCAGAAAGCGCUCUUUGACUUCUUGAAGAGAAGGUUCGAGGGCAGGAUAAUAAUAACUCGAGUGAUGGCCGACAUAUCCCUAGCGAAGCGGUCGCUCCUCAACAACCCGUCGAAACGAGCUAUCAUGGAACGCUCCAACUCGCGUUCCUCAUGCCUUGCCGAAGUCCAGGCGGAGAUCGAGAGGAUAUUUGACCUGGCGCGAGGACUGCAACUGGUGGUGCUGGACUGUGACACCAUCAACCACCCGUCGCAGCUCGCCAAGACCUCGCUCGCGCCCACUAUAGUGUACCUGAAGAUCUCUAGUCCUAAGGUGUUACAACGGCUAAUCAAAUCCCGAGGGAAAGGCCAAAGCAAGAGUCUCUCCGUACAAAUGGUGGCCGCGGAGAAGCUAUCACAGUGCCCUCCAGAUAUGUUCGACGUCAUUCUCGACGAGAACCAACUAGAAGACGCGUGUGAACACAUCGCGGACUAUUUGGAGGCGUACUGGCGAGCGACGCACCCCACGGAGACGCCGCAGGUCCCUCGGCCGCUGCCGCACGCCAUGCCGCACCCGUCGCACACGUCCACUCACGCGCAACCUGGUGGAAGGUCUCGACAGCCGCGGCCGGACCGGCUCGAGGAGGAGUACUACCCGCGCGACCCGCGCGACCCGCGGGAGCUGCGGGACCCGCGGGACGUGCGGGACCUGCGGGACCCGAGAGAUAUGCGGGACUUGAGAGAUCCGAGAGACGCGAGGGAUCCGAGAGAUCCACGCGAGCGGUACGCGCGCUACGGCCGCGGGGAGGGCAGGGAGGCGAGAGACGCCCGGGACUACGAGGGCUACGGGCGGGAGGCGUACGGGCACGACUACACGCGCGACGCGUACGCCCGCGAGGAGUACGAGCGCGGCUACGGGCGGGAGUACCCCCGGGAAGGCUACGGGCGGGAGGAGCGGGCGCGGCGGGAGCGGGAGCCGGCGGAGGAGUACGGGCCGUCGCGGCGCGCGCUCAACGCCGUGUAGCGCGCGCGGGGCGGGCCGCCCCCGCCCCUGUCGCCGCCGGAGUGAGUGGUGCUUGUGAACGGUUGUUUUGCAGACCCGCCGCCUCGAUGAGCUCCCUCGUCGUUCCGCGGCCGCGGGUCUAGUUUCCGCGCCGUUUCGAUUCGCUGAGCUUUAGGCACGCUUGCGCGGAGGCCGAGGACUGUGCGCGCGGCAGAUUAGGCUAGUAACACUGUCGCACUCGAAGUACGGAGCUCGCGUGGAAUGUAUAAAUUUUACAUAAAACAUAAUUUUAGUACCGAUUAGAUAUUAUCCAUUUCCCAUUUUUUGAACAUACAUACUCUGUAAUUAUAUUGCAUCGUCUGUACUUCAUUGUUGCAAUCAUUUGUAAAUAAAAUACUUUAUAUCGAA